GUCUGGGCCGGCCCAACUCGUGCGUCCCUGGCCACCCCUAUGUCCGUCUCACCCCAGCCGCCGUCCCACACUGGUCGCUCCGAGUUAGGCCCUGGACCUCCGCCACCGAUCCCAGCCUCCGGACGGCGAACGUCGCUUCGAUUAGGCCAUGCCUCCGGAGACGAGCCUGUCCGUGUCUGAUGUUAGCCUGGAGCGGCCAGACCUUUCGGAGGUACCAUGGGAGACGAGGCUCGCUCUGGCUGAACGACCAUGUCCGCUGGUGGUGAACCCUGAACAGAGGGCCCUUAUUGGUGACCCCUGCCCAUCCCUAUCUGUGUUUCAGCAUGCAAAAUUUUCAUUCAGAUAUGAUUCCUGAUGUCUAAGCUGCAAAAUUCCUGCUCUUCGGGUACAGUAGUGUAUACAUAAUUACAUAUAGAGGUACUGAUUGCUUGUCUGCUCGCUCGUAUGACUCCUCAUGUCUAAGCUGCAAAAUGUUCUUCAAUUGGAUGUAAACUAGAAUCAAAUGCCCAAAAUAUGCUUUGCUAUUUGUUUGAUUCUUCAUAAUAGCAGCGCAAUAUAUCUGCCAGAGUUCUUAGGAGCAGCGCUAAUAUCUGAGAGUUCUUAAUAGCAGCGCUAAUGUAUCAGCCCUGCUGUUCCUUCAUAUUUUCAGUACUCCCUCCGAUCCAUAUUAAUUGUUGCAGAUUUAGUACACUAAAAUCAGUGACGAUUAAUAUGGAUCGGAGGGAUGUACGAAAUCAGCGACGAUGGGUAGCAUUUAUUAUGUCUAUGGUUUACAGAAUUUGCAAGCUUUGUAGUUCUUUCUCCUAUUUGCUGGUUUCAGUUCCAACAUGUUUUUUUCUACCUGCAUGAUGAACUGAUGGCCUCUUCUUAUUGCCCUCAGAGCCAGCUAUGAAAAAUUCAGACAAGUAUAUGCAAGAAAUCAGAGAGUAUUGGAAGAAGAUCGAUGAGCUAAAUGCAACCCUUCCUGAGAAGGAUCAGUUCUUCACUGUUUCUAUUCAACCUCGAUGUCCAGAACCAGCUUCCUUUUUCACGUACUACAGACUCUAUGCAUUGGACGACACCAAUCCAACUCCCCUUACAAGCAAACGAUUCACAGAGCCGAGAAAAGACUACCCGGUAUUGACUAUGCUCCAAAUAUUCUCAUUCAGAAAUGUUGGCGACUUCCUGGAUGGUCAGAGCAUGCUAGUAUAUGGGUUCAUUGCUAUCCGGGACGAGUUGGAUUGUCUGCGGAAUUACAUCUUCAACUGUCCUAGAGAGCAGGCGCACGAUAUAACACCGGAUUCCCAGACGUUGCCGCUCAUAUCUCCUGUUCGUGGGAACUCUAUUCUCGAUGGUGUUCUUCUUGAGUACAGCCUGAAGGUCAAGUCUAAUGGCAGUGACAACGCUGAGAUGGAUUAUGUAUUAGCUGAUGGUUGCAUUGAAUAUACAGAUCACAUGAUUCUGCGUGGCACUACACUGAAGUCGAGGCUUUUUGGCAAGCUUGGCCCAGUGGACUUCCAUUAUACUUUCCUUAGGCAGGGCAUCGAAGCAACAGUUGACAUUGAGAUUCCAAUGGCUAGUCCAGCUUGGGGCGUGAAGGCAGUGACUGCAUUUACAAGUGGACUUUCAGAUGCAAUUGUUCUGUAUGAUGGGUCUACUUCUUCUCCUGCACAAUCAGUGUUCCCUAUAUCAUCAGUUGUUACUGUUCAACUGGGUCAUGAGCUAAAGCUUAAAUUUGACAUCACGUCUAAGGAUACAGUGCGCAAGGGGUGUGCGAGGAAAGCAGCGUCGGCGCAGUACCAAAGGCCUGAUGUUGUGAUCGAUGGAGAGCCGGAACCAAAGACAUAUUCCCGUUUCCUCACUUUCAUUUCAGAGAAAUGUUCAUUUGACAGUGGUAAAGUUUCGAUCGGUGACGAGUUCAAAGCUGAGGUUACAGUGACCUGGUCCACCAUGGGGCCGUAUUAAUCGGUGUUGUCUGACUGAGGUGAAAACUCCAGCGCGAAUCAAUGAAUGGAUGAUGUGUUGAGUGGAAACGGCAAAUAUCCUUGUUCCAGAUCAAAUUGUAGCAUCGUUCUUCUUCUUGUUAGUCAUCACUUGGCAGACGGAUCACACUUUAAUUGAAUGUACCUUUCGCCGUUUGGAGUACUCUGAUCCGGCUUUACCUUUGUGUAUAUAUGUUGUUCCGAUGACUCCUGGUUUGUUACUCCGUACGUAGAAUUGUCUCCUUGCUUUGAUUGGUUCUCUCUUGUUGACGUUCAAAUCAAAUAUCGAAGGGUUGAUUUUCCUUUUUUGAGUUGGAGAAUGUUUGAAUUUAAGGGUGUUAGUGUCUGCUUUUAGGCGAUGGAAUUAGCAGCUUCAUAUAGAAGUUGACGACGAUCCCUUUCGUAUCUAUUCUGGCUUGCCGCAAAUAAGAGGUGUUGUCUGGAGAUUGAUAGAUCAUGGAUCACUAGCAAGAAUCAUGUCCAUGUCGCCCUUUCGCAUGGAGGUUGAACUGUGAUAUAGUUGAUCUUGAUUUGGAUGGACUAGAGAGGCCAAUACCGCCUCCGGGACCAUUGCUCUUCUCAAUUUUUCCCUUCAUUUUUCUUUAGAAAAGAGACGCUUUGCUUGGCUUUAAUGAACUGAAGCCCUUAAGGUUUACAGGUUCAGCAGUAAUAGAAAAGAGCAGUUUUAACAUGGUCCCUCUUACCCCCUCUUUUCACAUGAGAGGUAAAAGUAUAAAAUAGAUCUUAGCCGUUGAUCUCAUCAAUGAAUGGCUUGAUUGAUUCUUACCUUCUUACCUCACAUGUAAAAGAAAGAGGUAAGAGGAACCAUGUUAAAAUUUGCCAAUAGAAAAUGUAAGUGCUACUACAAACCCUCAAAAUGGCAGGUGGUUCAACAGCUCACACACCGAUACAAACCCAAAGGGCCCUAUGCUCAACGGCGAAACAAAAUGGAGGUGAUGAUCGAUCAGUGGACAUGACCACGGUCCCCUUCCUGAGAGCCGAAGAAUGCAUGCGAAGACGGCGAGUGAAGGCUUCAAUGAUCGACAAGUCCUGGGUCCUGCCAAACUGCUUCCAUAGCUGUAGAAAGAUAGUCAUUUUGUAAAGGCCCUCAGCAUGGUGUUUGGUGAACAUCCUUUCAAUACGAGCUUUGUUACGGAUUCGCUAUGCAACCCAAGCUAUAGCCGCGAAACCAAGCCACGUAACAGUAUGAGCGGAGCCAGACAGUCUACUACUGAGGGUGUUGAUAUGCACAAACUAAGCCAGAGUCCAACUACACCUCUCUAAUGCAUCCCCAUAGGAAUUGGGCCAUGAUGCAAGAGAAAAAGAUGUGAUUACUAUGCUCCAUUGUACCACAUAAAGUGCAAAGGACGUCCUCGGAGCCAUUCUGGGCUUCAACUCCACUAGGAAGCCGAUCACACACAUAUUACCAUAGAAAUACUUUGAUCUUGGUGGGGAGCUUGACCUUCCAUAUGUCCAUGACCUAGAAUAUGGCUGCCCCAUCAUGCAACGCUCUAUACAGGGAGCUAGUCGAGAACUGGCCUGAAAGCUCUAACGUCCAGUGAAAUGCAUGUUCGAUGGUGAUACAACAUUUAACAAGGUUACUAAUCGCCUUUUUCAUCCCUCUCAUCAGGUCGCAAGGAUCGGUGGAACAGAGGCUCCAAAUGUCACUAACCAAGGCGUUUGGGGUCGCGGGCGAUGGAGAACAGUCCAUGGAACUCGCUCGCGAGAGGGACGUGACAAAUUUGCUUAAAGCUCACCUUGAAACUUGAUACAAAUGAUAAGAGAAAAUCGUAAGUUUCAGAUGCAAAGUCUUCAUUUUCAAAUAUUAAAACUUAAAAUUUACUGUGCACUUGUGCUGAAUCGCAA